CGGCGGCGCGUGGGGGCGGCCGGGCGCGCGGGGCGCGCGCCGUGGGACGUCUCCUACGAGGUCGCCGCUGCCAGCGCGGAGGAGGCCGGCACGGUCGCCGCGGCCCUCACGGGCAUGCAGGCCGACCCCGCCGCCCUCGCCGGCCAGCUCGGCGCGCACUUCUCCGACGCGGGCGUCGCCUUCGACGCCGGCGCGCUCGCGGUGGGGGCGCCGAGCGUGGUGGAGCCGCAGGUUCCGACCCCUGCCCCAACCGACGCGGUGCAAGCGAUUGACGACCCGCACCUGGUGAGUCUCAGCGGCAAGAAGUUCGAGGUCAACAUGCCCGGCAGCUACGUGCUGAUCAGGGCCCCCCAGGACCAGCGGCUGCCCGCUACUCUCGAAGUGAACGCCUCACUGAGCCCCUUCGCGGGCGACCCGUGCGGCGUGUACAUUCAGAGCGUGGAGCUGAGCGGCCAGUGGCUGGGCGACCAGGUGGUUCGCGUGGUGCCGCUCCGGCGCAACGUCCAGGGCCCGAACGGCGCGGGCAACGGCACGCUCCGCCCCUUCUCCGUGCGGGUGCUAUCCCAGCGAGGCGAUUCGCACAUGGCCUCAGGUGCGUACGAGCCAUGGCGGAACUUCCGCAACAGAAGCCGCAGCCUGUCCGGGCGUGUCCGCCUCGUGCCCGAGUGGCGGCAGGUGUACGCCGACGCCGGCAGGACCCAGGAGUCGCAG